AUGGGUAUGACAUUGAGCUCCCUCUUCCAAAAUCUCUUCGGAAAGAAAGAGAUGAGGAUCCUUAUGGUUGGGCUUGAUGCCGCCGGUAAGACCACAAUCUUGUAUAAGCUGAAGCUCGGUGAGGUUGUUACAACGAUCCCUACGAUUGGCUUCAACGUGGAGACCGUAGAAUACAAGAACAUCAGCUUCACUGUGUGGGAUGUGGGCGGACAGGAUAAGAUCCGCCCUCUCUGGAGGCAUUACUACCAGAACACUCAGGGCGUUAUCUUCGUUGUCGAUUCCAAUGAUAGGGACCGUAUUGAGGAUGCCAGACAAGAGCUUAGUCGUAUGAUGGAAGAAGAUGAGCUCAAGGACGCUGCAUUGCUGGUAUUCGCCAAUAAGCAGGAUCUUCCGAAUGCCAUGAGCGCCUCCGAGAUCACUGACAAGCUGGGCUUGAAUCAGCUUCGUCAUCGCAAUUGGUACAUCCAGUCUACUUGUGCUACUACAGGUGAUGGUCUGUACGAGGGUCUCGACUGGCUUGUGAAGGUUCUGAGCAAGAAGUAA